CUGAACCCAAAAUAACUGACGAAUCCAAAGCUGGAAGACACGAAAAAGGAAGGAAAGAAACCUAAGCCCAUCGGAAAUCUCUCCUCCUCCCAGCAAAGAGGAGGUGGUGGAGAUCUCCCAAUCCGCGGGAAUCACUCGCUGUUCACCCCGAUUCGGCCUCCGCUCGAGCUCUGAAUCUCGGGAGCUCCUGAUCUGGUUUGUGUGCUUGGGACGUCCUUAUUCCCCACAAAUUCUGCUGUCAAUUGAUGGAGGCAUUUGAUGUAGUAUAAAUCUCUGACUAGUGCAAAGAAGCAUUGCUUUGAAGUGGCAAAGAGGAUGCCAAAUGUAUGAACCAAAGCCCUUCUCAAGCAUUGUACUAGCUCACAACGAUCCAGUUUCCCACAAUCAACAAAUUGAACGUAUUAACAACAAUGUAGUAUCUAAUAGUGGUGGGAACAGCUCAAACAGCAACUUUGCCGCCAGACAGCGCUUACGGUGGACUGAUGACCUCCAUGAUCGUUUUGUGGAUGCUGUAACACAGCUUGGUGGACCCGACAGGGCAACUCCGAAGGGAAUUCUUAGAAUAAUGGGUGUUCAAGGGUUGACCAUCUAUCAUGUCAAAAGCCAUCUGCAAAAAUAUCGGCUUGCUAAAUACAUUCCAGAUCCCACAGCUGAUGGUGCCAAGUCUGACAAGAAAGAUCUCGGAGAUUUGCUUGCUGACAUUGAAAGCUCCUCGGGAAUGGAAAUAGGGGAGGCUUUAAAGUUGCAGAUGGAGGUGCAAAAGCGGCUACAUGAACAAUUAGAGGUGCAAAGGCAGCUACAGCUCCGGAUAGAAGCCCAAGGAAGGUACCUCCAGAAGAUCAUUGAGGAGCAGCAGCGGCUCAGUGGUGUGCUGGGUGAAUCAGGCAAGUUAGGCGCCCUGGGACCAGCUCCAGGGGAGCCAUACCAGGAUUCCAACAAAACCGACCCCUCGACCCCGGUACCGACUUCCGAAUCCCCAAUCCGCGACAAGGCUGGAAGCGGCUUGUUCAAGACCAUUUCUUCGCACGACGACUGCCGCGAGCCUUUGACACCGGACUCCAGCUGCCGUGCCGGCUCCCCUUUGGAGAGCCCCCCCAGGGCUAGCAAGAGGAUCCGGGUCAGCAGCGACAUUGAUCAUCGUGGGAACAAUGAGUUCCCCCCUCCUCUCAAAGUUCCGGAGCCAAGUUCAGGUUCAGAUUUCCGACAGGAAAGCUCAGUGUUAUUAUCAUCCAGCGCAGUGCACUUCGAUUCUUUGGAGAGCCUGGAUGCAGAUGAAAAUGUCUUCACCAAUGGUUCAGGCAGUGAUGAUUGAUUUUUCAUCUGUGUAGGGGCAGGGCAGUGAUGUUUAGAGGACUUGCUAGUUAUCUCUUCAGUAGAGCUGUUGAUCUUAGUGAGGCUGUAAUGCUGUAAACCCAGCCAUGACUGUUAGUUGUUAUCUACUGUUCAGUGCAUGUUUGUAGCUUAUACUUAUUCAAUCAGAGAUGUGCAGUGUGCACAUCACUUUACAGUUCAUGUAGGUCUGGAAAUGUAGUAAGGUGAGAAGAACAUAAAGAUAUGAUCUUAUUUUCGUUGAGCA